AUGUCAUGGGAAGAACCAGCAGGUGAGAAGCUCAGUUAUUCUCCUGGUCAGAAAGCUUUUCACAUGGAGCCAGCACAGAGGCCAUUCUUCACCACUGAGAUAGUGACAUGGACCCUCCCCUCCGUCUCUGUAGAGGAUAUCCUCAGGGAGACCUUUUCACAGCCCAGAAGGGCUGCAAAGCACUCACACAUCAGUUUGGAUGACCUAUGGCUGGAGAAGACACAGAGAAAGAAGCUGGAGAAGCAGAUACAGGCUAGAAGGAAGACAUGCACAGGAAUAGUGCACCCAGACAAAGUCCAGUGUUGGAGGGAGACAAUUAUCACCUCUCCAGAGUCUCUGCAUCUCCCUAGAAGAAGCCAUCUGCUCUCCCAGAGUGCCCCGAUGGGACUGAACCACCUGGGCUGGCCAGAGCAUAUACCUGACACCGCCAUGCCGGAUGGAGUUCUGGACACGACUGUCCGCGCUGAGGAGGCGGGGAGUGAGGAGGACCUGUAUGAAGACCUGCACAGCUCUGGCCACCACUACAGCCACCCUGGAGGGGGCGGCGAGCAGCUGGCCAUCAACGAGCUCAUCAGUGAUGGCAGUGUGGUCUGUGCUGAAGCACUCUGGGACCAUGUCACCAUGGACGACCAGGAACUGGGCUUCAAAGCUGGGGACGUCAUCGAAGUGAUGGACGCCACCAACAGAGAGUGGUGGUGGGGCCGCGUUGCCGACGGCGAGGGGUGGUUUCCAGCCAGCUUUGUGCGGCUACGGGUGAACCAGGAUGAGCCCACAGAUGACGAGGCCCCACAGACUGGCGACGGCAAGGCUGAAGAUGGUGGGACAGAGGCACAGAGCAGCAAAGACCAGAUGCGGACAAACGUCAUCAACGAGAUUCUCAGCACCGAGCGGGACUACAUCAAGCACUUGCGUGACAUCUGUGAGGGCUACAUCAGGCAGUGCCGCAAGCGUGCAGACAUGUUCAGCGAGGAACAGCUGCGCACCAUCUUUGGGAACAUCGAGGACAUCUACCGCUGCCAGAAGGCAUUUGUGAAGGCCCUGGAGCAGAAAUUCAAUAGGGAGCGCCCACACCUAAGCGAGCUGGGCGCCUGCUUCUUGGAGCACCAAGCAGACUUCCAGAUCUACUCCGAGUACUGCAACAACCACCCCAACGCCUGCGUAGAGCUGUCCCGGCUCACCAAACUCAGCAAAUAUGUGUACUUCUUUGAGGCCUGCCGGCUGCUACAAAAGAUGAUCGACAUCUCCCUGGAUGGCUUCUUGCUGACUCCAGUGCAGAAGAUCUGCAAGUAUCCACUGCAGCUGGCUGAGCUGCUCAAGUACACCCACCCUCAGCACAGGGACUUCAAGGAUGUCGAAGCUGCUCUGCAUGCCAUGAGGAACGUGGCCCAGCUCAUCAACGAGCGGAAACGGAGACUUGAAAACAUCGACAAGAUUGCUCAGUGGCAGAGCUCCAUAGAGGACUGGGAGGGGGAAGAUCUUUUGGUCCGAAGCUCAGAACUCAUCUACUCGGGGGAGCUGACUCGUGUUACGCAGCCCCAAGCCAAGAGCCAGCAGAGAAUGUUUUUUCUCUUCGACCACCAGCUCAUCUACUGUAAGAAGGACCUGCUUCGCCGGGACGUGCUAUACUACAAGGGCCGGCUGGACAUGGAUGGCCUGGAGGUGGUGGACCUGGAGGAUGGGAAAGACAGAGACCUCCACGUGAGCAUCAAGAACGCCUUCCGGCUGCACUGCAAUGCCUCAGGGGUCAGCCACCUACUAUGUGCCAGGAAGCCUGAGCAGAAGCAGCGCUGGCUCAAGGCCUUUGCCAGGGAGAGGGAGCAGGUGCGGCUGGACCAGGAGACAGGCUUCUCCAUCACUGAACUGCAGAGAAAGCAGGCCAUGCUGAAUGCCAGCAAGCAGCAAGCCACAGGGAAGCCCAAAGCCGUAGGCCGGCCCUGUUACCUGACACGCCAGAAGCACCCAUUACUGCCUGCCAGUCGGCCCCAACAGCAGGUCUUGGUGCUGGCAGAGCCCAGGCGGAAGCCAUCCACCUUCUGGCACAGCAUUAGCCGGCUGGCACCCUUCCGCAAGUGAGCCAGUACCCACCUGACAGCACUUUGUGGACUUGCCCAUCCUCAGCCCCCAGCUUU